GCGCGGGGGAUCAGUUUGAGGUCGGGCCGACCAGCGUGCGGACGUGUGCCGACUUUCAUACCUCUAAACCCUCCUUCUAGACCUUUCGGGAAGACUCCCAGUAGUCUGGAGAUUUAAAUAUUAUCUGUGCAACUUUGCGGUUGAAAGUGUCACAGGCUUUGUGGAUUGAUUGCCGUUUGAAACUCGAAUACUUAAGUUCUGGAAAUAAACUAGUGUAGUUAGUUAAAGAUUGACUAAUACCGGUGUUUAGUUGUCGCCAUGGUCAGAGAUGCAGAGCUGCUCAUACUUGAGACUAGCAGGCAAGGUUGCCAUCGUUGGAGUAGAAACGAAGAGUAGCGCGAUAGUUGGCAUGGGAGCCUUGAGCGCCCCCUCGCCCGCCCAACAUGGUCAUGCUGGGCCUGAGCAGGUGUUGUGGCCCAGACAGUGAUACCAGUGUUGAAUGCUGGUCUGUGUUUUUUGUCUUCAUCCAUAAUUUAAGAGUAGUUAAUCAUCCUCCUGGUGGGGAGACGCACUUAAACAAUGAAGUUGGACCAGAAAACUUGACCGUUAGGGUGCUGAAGCCGCCUGGUGGUGGAUCAUCCAUCUCCUUCGGAGAAGAUGAAGACAAUAGGCCCAAGAAUCUUGCCCAGCAGCAAGCUCCACAGGAAAAGUCUCCCAAAGCAGAGACAAAUGGUACGGCCACUCCAGAAAGUGUGAAUGAUGCUGCUGCCACAAAGGAAAAUAACCCAUCAGCUGCCACUAAUGGGUCUGUUACCAAUGGGUCUCCUGUUGGCUCAAACAGUGGUAGGUCCUCAGAGUGUGCUACUACUCCAACUUCUGCUAAAAAAUUAGAUACUCAGAACCGCCUCUUCGGGGAAGAUCCAGUGAUGGAUACACCAACUCGCAAAGUGAGAGACCACCAACGUAGCACCAUCUUCUCAGACGGGCCAGGGACAAAGCCUAAUGGAAGUACCAACGGGCCCCGGGCAGUAGCUUAUAACGAGAUUGGCCUCCCUUGCUCUACAAUGCAUGCCAUCAGUGUUUUGUCGGACGUGGACGCGUCGGGAUCCAGUUACUGGGGUGGGUGUCCUGUGCUGGGACAUCCACGCUCCCCGCUGUGCUCCUAACAAGAGGAAAGCAGUUACUCCUGCAGUGCGUGAGAGCGUCGAGACGAAGACUCAAGAGCAGCCUCAGCCACAACAGAAGCAGAGGCAACGUGUUCCUCCAGGUGGCUUCUCCACUCAACUGUGGUAGACAUGACUGCCAACCCACUAACUCAAAUAAGACUUAAUAAGCAGGCAUUAUUUUGGAAAACAAAACCCUUUGAUCUUACAAGCUAAUAGGAAAUAUAGCCUAACAAUGUGUGAUGUUUAGCUGUUAUUGAUAGAUAAUAUUACAAUGUUUAAAUAUGAAGGCUGACAUGUAACUGAGGAAUUUGCUUUUAAAUAUGCUAGAUUUUGUUGCAUUGCAGAAAGUUUAGCAUUCAAUAUUAGAGACGAGUUAUUUUGAUAUACAGUAAUGUGUAACUUGAUUGUAACAGCACAUACAGUAAUUUAGUCUUAGUUGGAUUCUACUUCUGCUGGAAUGCAUAAAUAGUGCAUUGUCAGUCUGUUACCCAACAUAGCAAGGCCUUCCCAAUUACUCUCCUGCAUUAUUUAAGGUAAUGGUUUAGUGAGCUGCAUUAUUUUGCCAUGCAGUGGUGUGGCAUGCCAUAUCUAGCUUUCAUUUGCUACAUGACAGGUUCAACAUUAGCUACACACUGUUGCUCAAUCAUCUUGCUUUCUAAUGAAGUUCAACCAAGGUUUGAAUACUUUUUGUAGGGCCAUUCAUUAAUUUAAAACCAUUCCAUGUACUUUUAAGAAUAAGCUCUCUAGAAAUUGAGGGUAACCCAUUAAUUUCUGAUAAAAUGUGCCUAAUGUUCCAUCCGUUUAAAAGAAAUCACUAUUUGUGUAGUAGAUGAUAAAUUUUAAUCGAUAACAUAAAUGCACCUUUGUUAAAAGCUGGUCAUUUUUUUCUUGCACCCUUCUUUGUUUUCAUAAAUAUUCCAUCAACUGUGAUAAUUUUGUUAUUGCUGGAAGGGUCAUAAUAUAAUUGUAGUAUCUCACAAUUGAUCUUGACCACUUGGGAAUGCUCCUUUAUAGAACUGGCUCCAUUUGGCUGUAGCAGGACUUGUUUGUAUUAAUUUUAAUAAAUCUAAUCAUCUA